GGUACUGCGCAUGCGUGCAAGGGCACCUGGGUUGAACUGGGGGGUCUACGUUAACGUUAUCGGUUUUGGGGAUCAGGCGCAGUAUCUGAACACUGCUCCAUUAACCCCUUGGGGACUAGCAAGGACAUGGACAGCAACGAAGCGUUUUAUGAGCAGCUGCGGCUCCAGCAACUGUAUGGAAAUCGCGAGGCUGGGGACGGAACGGACCCCCACACCUUUACGGACCCUUCUGAUGGCACAGAAUAUGAAUGGGACCUGGAAAAGAAAGCCUGGUUCCCUAAGCUAACUGAAGACUUCUUGGCAAUGUAUCAGGCAAAUUAUGGUUACAAUGCCUCUGAGAAUGCUGAACCUUCUCAGGCCCCAAAGGAAAUCAAGGAUGAAGAAAAGCCUAAGAAAGACCCCAAAACUGAACCAGAACCAGCUGAGUCCAAAGCGAAGGGAGAGAAGAGAAAAGCCGACCCAGGUUGGUUCAAUGUGGGAGAUGAAAGAAACACAAAUGUGUAUGUGACAGGUCUGCCUCCUGAUAUUACAAAUGAAGAAUUUGUCCAGAUUAUGUCUAAAUGCGGCAUUAUCAUGCGAGAUCCAGUGACCGAAGAGUUCAAAAUUAAGCUGUAUAAAGAUAAGGAAGGGAAUCUGAAAGGAGACGGCUUGUGCUGUUAUCUCAAGAAAGAAUCUGUUCCACUCGCUCUGAAGCUUCUUGAUGAUUAUGAGAUCAGGGGGUACAGACUUCAUGUUGAAAAUGCCAAAUUCCAACUGAAGGGGGAGUAUGAUGCAACCAAGAAAAAGAAGAAAUGUAAGGACUACAAGAAGAAGCUGAAUCUCCAGCAAAAACAACUGGAUUGGAGGCCAGAGAGGAAAACUGAAAAAAAGAAGCGUUUUGAGAGAGUUAUCAUUAUCAGAAAUAUGUUCCACCCUACGGACUUUGAGGAGGAUCCGCUUGUGCUGACUGAAAUCCGUGAAGAUCUCCGGUCAGAAUGUGAAAAGUUUGGGCAAGUGAAGAAAGUCAUUAUAUUUGAUCGACAUCCGGAUGGAGUUGCGUCUGUAUCAUUUAAAGAUGCAGAAGAAAGCGAUGCUUGUAUUCUGGCUCUAAAUGGGAGGUGGUUUGGUGGUCGUCAGCUGGUUGUUCAGGUGUGGGAUGGUGUGACAGAUUAUCAGAUUGAAGAGACAUCUCGAGAGAGAGAGGAGCGACUCAAGGGCUGGGAGAACUUUCUGCAGGCAGACAAGGGAAAAGCUUCUGAAGAUGCGAGUGAUGAGAAGUCGACACCUUCUGUAAAUAACGGACAGUCUGAAAACAAAGAGGGCGUCAGAGAGGGCGUCAGAACGGAACCUGAACAUGGUACAGACAGCGUCCAGCAGCAGGGAAGUCAACAGACCAAACCGGCUGAUGAUGCUGCAUCCACAGACAGCAGUAUUGGUGACAGUGAUGAUGAGAACGAGGAAGAACAAUCGUAGAGCUUCACACUUUUAACUGGCUGCCUAUAGAUGUUUCAGUUACUUUUAGGGUGAAUUACAUGUGGUAUAUGCUGACAUUUGGCCAAUUAAUAUUAGUUUGAUUCAUUUUGCUUAAAUGGGCCCUAACUUUUCACACAACUUUGCAUAAGUUAAUAGUAGAAGUGACCACAAGAAACUUUGUAAUAUGUUUUAUCAGUAAGACAUGUCUAGUUCUCAUGUUAACAGCUGUUACCCCUCCUUGCUUUUAACUUUGAAAAAAUGCUUUCAUUCUGUCUCGA